AUGGUUUUCACUAUGGAUUCGAAAUGGGACUCGGACUCCUGCGACCUCGAUGAAGGUCUCAGUAUUCCAGGUCGAAUCGGCGCAUCAAGCCCUCCCGCCGUUUACUCGUUCAGUGAUCUUCAGGACUUCCGUGACCAGAUCAAGGAUGUAGUGAUCAUUGCGGUCGACUUCGAGUGCGUCGACCACUUGGGCAAAGAGUUCGGACAGGACUUUUACGGCAAGAUGUCGGAAAUCGGGAUUGCCACUUAUGAUCCUCGACAAAGCAAGACAUCAAACGGCGCAACCUCGAACCACAGUCUCGAAACCAUUGCAAAGAACAUCACCGCCGACCACAUUGUCAUUGACCAGUGGAAGGGGAUCACAGAGAGGACUUGCCCUGCUUUCUUCCACGUCAAGAACACCAAGAAGCCCAACAAGGCCCCAGCGCCGCACAAAGCGCGGCCCUACCACUGUUCGUUUGCAAGGUCGACCAUCAGCCUCAGCAAGGAGCAGGGGGUGGAAAGUUUGAAGGAUGCCAUAAGGCAGGCUACGGUCAGCAACCUCACCGGUGAUGAGAAGAAAAGGGGUGUCAAGCGGCAAGUCAGGAUCAUUGUUUGGUGUGCGGAGAUGGAAGAGAAGAUCUUUAGCGCUGGACUCAACUUGGGCGACCUCGGCUCGAACCUCAAAAUGUGGGACUUCCAGAUAUGGAUGCCCUUCCGCCUUCGCUUUCCCCAUUACCGGACAGCAGGCGAGACUGUUUUUGCGUCUUUGGGCGUCGUGGGAGCGCUGGAUUCCGAGGGACAGUCAUCGACCGUUCUCCAUAACGCAACUAACGACGCGGUUGCAGAAGUUCUCGCGUUUCUUCAGUUCAUAGUGAUAACAGAAGCUGAGUGGGGUGCUUGGCUGGAUGAGAAGGUUGAUAUAACGCCCAUGUCCUUUAACUGGGUUGACAAAACCAUUUACCAGCACAACAUCGCCCAGAGCCCCACGCCCAAGCUGAAGGACAAGGGCCGCGGAAAGCCUCGGGGUGGGAAAAGCUACAACACCAGAGAGCCCAGAAAGGACACAGCCACAAAAUGGGAAUCACCUCCAAAGACGACCUACACGACGAAGCCAGCGCCUCUGGACGUGAACAACGCGACAUCUUGCAGAAGUUUCGGACAAGGAGCAUGCCCGGCCGAGCCAACGAGCAGUUGCAGUAACACCUGGGACAGAAACGAUGACUGGGUCGACAACUCCAACAUUGAAUGGCCCGUCGACACUUGGACCGCCGACGGGACAUAUGGUACUAGCAAUGAUUGGGUAAAUCGUUCUGGUAGCGGCUGGCCAGACAGUUCCAGCCCGUCGAGUAAUGAUUCGGGUGAUCUUACAGCCAACUUCUCCGGAUGGCCUACCGAAAUGAAUGACCGGAGUGAUGCCUCGGACAAAUUCAUGGGAUGGCCUGAUGGCGUGAGCGAAGUCGAUGAUUUGGAGGAUGGAAGUAUACCAGCCGACGAUUCGGGAUGGCCCACAGACAUGGACUAUCCGGAGAAUAUCUCCACCGUUGGCUCAAGCGGACGGACCGAGACUGACAUCAACAAUGAGAAUGUCCCUUCCGCCUCCAUGUCUGUCGGUCGCGGUUCAGAGCACAACGAGUGGCAGACCGUCCAUCAUUUGCGCCGUGGAAAGAAGAAGAAAUUCAACAAGGAGGCCUACCGCCGCUGA